AUCAAAAUAAACCUCACCUGACACGGCGGUCGGCUCCUUUCCCUGGCCCACAGAGGAAGCGGUACCGCUGGGUACCGCAGCCGGGGUUUGAAUCGCAACGUGUUUGCACAGCGAGCCGCCGCAGUCGGGCUGUGUAUUUACAUGAAACGGGCAGCUGCAAUCGGGCUGCCGUCAGCCCGCCGCGCCGCCCCUGGACAGAGGACCGCCGCGAUUCACGCCUGAAUUUAGAGCCAUUAAAGACGACACUGUGGAUAUGGAAUGGUGCAUGCCGCUGGGCCAAGUGUUCCGCCUCUGAAAAACACCGGAAUCAUGGACAGUCAUCCGCUGUGCACUAGACUUUGUCCGCACAGUCUGGACAAAGAAGAUGGAGUCGAGAGGCAAGGUCCUGUCACUUUCAACCAUCGGCACAUGAGGAAGGCAUUCAAAGUCAUGAACGAGUUGCGCAGCCAGAAUCUAUUGUGUGAUGUGACCAUAGUGGCGGAGGAUGUAGAGAUCACUGGUCACAGAGUGGUUCUGGCCGCUGGGAGCCCUUACUUCCACGCCAUGUUCACAGGAGAGAUGGCAGAGAGCAGGGCGAAACGAGUGAGGAUAAAGGAGAUGGACGGUUGGACUCUAGGCUUGCUGGUAGACUACAUCUACACAGCAGAGAUACAGGUCACAGAGGAUAAUGUACAGGCGUUGCUGCCUGCAGCAGGCCUGCUCCAGCUGAACGAGGUGAAAAAGGCUUGUUGCGAGUUUCUGAGCUCUCAGCUUCAUCCGUCCAACUGUCUGGGAAUACGAGCCUUCGCCGACCUACACGCCUGCUCUCAGCUCCUCGCACAGGCCAACAGCUACGCAGAACAACAUUUCACUGAGGUGGUUGGGAGCGAAGAGUUCCUUAAUUUGGGCAUGGAGCAAGUGUCCAGCCUGAUCGCCAGCGACAAGCUCACCAUCCCCACAGAAGAGAAGGUUUUUGAAGCGGUGAUAGCUUGGGUCAACCACGAUAAAGAUGUCCGCCAGGAACACUUGGCUCACCUGAUGGAGCAUGUGCGCCUGCCGCUCCUCUCCAGAGAGUACCUGGUGCAGCGGGUAGAGGAGGAGUCUCUGAUCAAGAAUAGCAGUGCGUGUAAAGACUACCUGAUUGAGGCCAUGAAGUACCACCUGCUGCCAGCUGACCAGCGGGCUCUGAUGAAGACUGCACGCACCCGCAUGAGGACUCCAGCCUGCUGUCCUAAGGUGAUGGUGGUGGUUGGAGGCCAGGCUCCCAAGGCUAUCCGCAGUGUUGAAUGUUACGAUUUUGAGGAGCAGCGGUGGUACCAGGUGGCUGAACUCCCCACCAGAAGGUGCAGAGCAGGUGUGGUGUACGUGGGCGGUUGUGUGUACGCAGUCGGCGGUUUCAACGGUUCUUUGCGCGUACGGACGGUCGACUGCUACGACCCGAUGAUGGACCGCUGGACCAGCGUGAGCAGCAUGCAGGACCGUCGGUCAACGCUCGGAGCUGCUGUGCUCAGUGGGCUCCUGUACGCUGUGGGAGGCUUUGAUGGCAGCACAGGUCUGUCGACAGUCGAGGCGUACAACGCUAAGACAGACGAGUGGUUCCACGUGUUACCCAUGAGUACCCGACGCAGCAGUGUGGGAGUGGGUGUCGUCAAUGGGAUCCUGUAUGCAGUCGGAGGUUACGAUGGAGCGACAAGGCAAUGUCUGAGUACAGUAGAAGCUUAUAACCCGAAAAGCAACACGUGGAGCUACAUAGCUGAGAUGGGCACAAGACGCAGCGGUGCAGGUGUAGGUGUGUUAAAAGGUUUACUCUACGCUGUGGGGGGACACGACGGUCCGUUGGUGAGGAAGAGUUGUGAAGUCUAUGAUCCGUCCUCCAACAGCUGGCGGCAGGUAGCUGACAUGAACAUGUGUCGACGCAACGCAGGUGUGUGUGCUGUAAACAACUUACUCUAUGUGGUGGGAGGAGAUGAUGGCAGCUGUAAUUUGGCUUCUGUGGAGUUCUACAAUCCGAACUCGGACAAGUGGACACUGCUGCCAACCUGCAUGAGCACAGGACGCAGUUAUGCAGGUGUGGCUGUGAUUGACAAGCCCUUAUGACCGCUCUUGACACCUGCCACUGAUUCGGAGCGGAGGGUAUUCUCCUGCUGAAUACUGAUCUUGGAUCUGUCUAUGACGCCAAUGCUUGGAUGUUGGGCAGCAUUAGCGCAGGCACUGACACGGAUGAAGAAAAUGAUAAGAUUGUUGUUGUUGAGGAUGAUGAUGAUGAAGAUUUUUGCACUUACCUGAACAGGGGGAGCUGUAACAAACGGGGGGGGGGCUAAACCCGCGUUUUAAUCCCCCCCCCCCGGAAGGACUGCAGCAGUGACUGGACAAACCAGUUCGAAGCGCCACUGUACCAAUGCAGUGCCACUGAAACGCUACUGAAAUGAAGCUACUAUAACUGCAAAGUUACUUUAACAUUACUAAAGUUAACACGAACCAGCUCCGAGAAAGACCACUGAUCUAAUCUAUGGGAGAUGAAGGCAGAGAACGACCGUUUGUGGCUGAAAUCUUUGUUUCUCCUUCUUUUUUAUCCUCCUGAGAAGUGUAUGUGUUUGUCCGUCUGAGUGUGUGUGUGUGUGUGUGUGUGUGUGUGCUUGCAUUUAAAGGUGCUCCAUUGCUUGCACAUGUGAGCAUGUGUGUUUGUGUGCAUCUGAGUCUCUGUGGUGAUGCCUGGUCCGACGCCGCAUGAAUGCACUCUGUCUGACCUCUGACCUUUACAGUGUUGCAGUUUGGCUGUUCAAGAGUGCCUGAAUGUCAAUUUACACGUCCCUCUUUUUCUCCUUUUCUUAUGCCUUGAGUACUGCUACUGGACAGAGCACAGCUGGACUCGGCUGCUGCUCUGGGAUAAGGAAAUCCAUUUUGAGAACUGACUUUAGAUCGGUGUGUCGGUUGCAUUAGACGCAUGAAUUCAGAACAACUGUGAGAAGCAGUCGCAGAAAAUCUACAUUUCUUCUGGAAAAAAAAACAAAAAACCAACAACAAGAAAACAAGACCUCACUGGAAUACUAACACCUCUGGUAAAGGAGAAGCCUCGUUUCAUCUUGCCAAAAACAGUGAGAGACAGAGGGAGAAGCUGUUGGAGAUGAAAAACAGUUGGAUGUAUCAGUGCUUUAUCGUCACCUGGCAGCCGUCUUUACUGUGGUUGUAACCACUAAUGACAACAACAGCCUGAACUCACUGCAUGGUCCCCAUCUCUAACCUCUUAUCCUUGAACAGUACCCUCUUCUCCCCUGGUGUAGCAACCCUAUUAACUACUGCACACCCUGACGUACUAUGAAUGUGCCAAUUUUAAUAUGUCUCUUCUUUUCCGUCUCUCUUUAUUACUCUACUAAUCUGUUUUCUCUCUCUCUGGAAAGUGACCAAACCUACUCUUGAUUUUCUUUUUUCUUCAGUCUCUUUUUCUUCCGUCUCCUCCUAUAUUGAAAAUUGCUAUAAUAGUAACUGGUAUCGCUGUUUCUUGUCAGUGUAUUGAGGAAUGUCAUGUAGGCUAAUGACUUUGAAAAUGUUUCAUUACUUGUUUUAUAUUAUCAUUAAUAAAUAUGCUUCUUGUAUUUAAAGCAGUGAAAUGAUAUAAUCUGUUUUUAAAACUUUGCCAAAUCAGUAAAAUGUUGAAAUGGAAUGUGCAUGUGUGAUAUU